AUGUGUCUUCAUGCUUAUGUGAAAGUGGAUGCUGGUAGCCUUGGAGGUCAGAGGCGUUGGCGGUCAGAACCAUUGGAUCUCCUGGAGCUGGAGUUGCAGAUGCUUGACACAACUAAAGAUGAAGGCAAUGAAGCGGAAGGCAGCAGGAUGAAUAAAUUAAGAAGGACAAGAAAGAAAGUCACCAAACUGCAUGUUUGUUCUAUUGACAUGGGAGAAAUGAAUAUAUCCAAUACCAAUGAGAGGACCGGAAAACAAACAGCAGAGCUGAACUUGCUUGGUCCUUCUGAGCCUUGUCCCUCUCAUGAUGACAAAGACCCCCAGGAUCAGACACCAGUGAUAAAACCAUCACCCCUCAGCAUAUCAGCCAGUGCUGCCAGUGUUGAACUGAAUCCAAACUCUGAUCGCACCAGGGACAGUGCUCAAAGUUUGACUCCGCCUCAACUUUCAUCUAGAAUGAAACACAUUAAGGAAGAAAUGGCCAAAAUUUACCUCCAGUUUGUAUGAUUUGAAGCAACAGACCUGCAUGGUGUAUCCAGAUCUAAGAGUAUCCCUGCACAGUUUUUUCAAGAAAAAGUGACACACCGUGUUUUCAUGCCCUGAGGUUAUCUGGAAUUGAUACUGAAUCCUAAGGACAAUGAAGUCAAUCACAUAUGAGCCACCUGCUUCAAUAGUGACAUCGUUCUUAUGCUAGAGCGGUCAACCUUCAGAGUCUUGCCAUGGGCGGAGAGGACCGUGAGGGUGAUCUACGACACCUUCACAGUGAUGGGUGAGCCUUUGCCCACCUCCCCCAGGUACAUCGCCAAGAGGCAGCUGCAGCGGCUGCAGGACACAGGCUUCUCCCUGCUCUCUGCCUUCAUCUAUGAUUUCUUCAUUUUUGGUGUGCCGGAAGUUAUCAAUUCAAAGACCGUGUCAUUUCCUGCUUUGACGUUACUGAAUAAUCAUGGCCAGCCCUUCAUGCAGGAGCUAGUGGAUGGCCUGUAUCACGCAGGGGCCAACGUGGAGAGCUUCUCUUCUUCCACCAGGCCUGGGCAGAUGGAGAUCUGUUUUCUGACAGAAUUUGGCAUUAGUUCAGCUGACAAUGCAUUCACACUCAGAUCAGGAGUCAAAGAAGUGGCCAGGAGAUAUAAUUACAUAGCUAGCCUUGUCAUCGAGACUGGGUUCUGCAAUUCAGAUUUGUCUCAUAGUGUCCGGGAUAUAGGUGGGAAGAUGAACAGGUUCUGUAGUGGCUCUGGGGUGGAGCAGCUCACCGUCACCGGGAAGAAGUGGUUGGCUGGGCUCCUGAAGCACUCGGCGGCUCUCAGCUGUCUGAUGGCUCCUGCGGUCAGCUGCUGCAAGCCCUAUUGCAAGGACCAUGUGCCGAACUGGGGAUUCAACGACAACAGCUGCACCUUGAACAUCAAGUGUCACGGCGAAAAAGGCACCCAGAUAGAAAAUAAACUAGGCUCAGCAACAGCGAACCCUUACCUGGUGCUGGCUGCCACUGUUGCAGCAGGCUUGGAUGGACUUCAAAAUGGCGAUGCAGCCUGGGCUGCCGCAGAGGAAAACGCAGACCUUUACCAACCAGAACCUUCUGAGAUCCCUUUGAAGCUGGAAGAAGCCCUCCGGGCCCUGGAGGAAGAUGGAUGUCUGAAGGAGGCUCUGGGAGAAACGUUCAUUCGCUACUUUGUUGCCAUGAAGAAAUAUGAAUUGGAAAAUGAAGAAACAGAUGUGGAGAGAAAUAAAUUCUUAGAGUAUUUUAUUUAG